AGAAAGCAUACAAGUGAAAGAAGGCACAAAAUACUGGUUUACACAAAAUGAAAAAAAGAUAAAGAAAGAAAGCAAAGCGAAAAAAGAGAAAAAGUUGCUGCACGAGAAAUUUUGUACGUGUGUCGUCUCCCCAUUUCUAUCUCUAAAUGUGUGAGUGUGUGUAAAGUGAAAAGCAAUGCUGCAAGGAAUUACAACAACAACCAGUUUACAAUAAAUAUAUAACAGUAAACGGGAUAAAGGGCCACAACAAAAAGGCGAAAAAGAAAAGAAAUAUUGGAGCAUCUUAAAAGUAACACCAUGGAGCCCAACCGACAUCACGAAUAUCAGACACAUCAUCAGCCGCAUCCGACGAUGCAGCACCAUCCAGCGCACCCACAUCACCCGCAACCGCAUCACCAGCCACCACACCACCCCCAGCAACCGAUCCACCAGCAUCACCCGCCGCCACCACCGCCGCAGCAGCAGCAGCAGCAACCACCACCGCAGCAGAUCCACCAGCAGCAGCAUCCGCACCACUACCAGCAGCUGCACCACCACCCCACGAGCUCCACCUCGGUGGGCAGCUCCUCCUCCUCCGCCGGCUACGGCAACCACCAUGCCCAGCAUCACCCGACGUCCCUGGCCGAGGAUCAGCGAUCCCGGGCAGCGAUGUACAUGAGCCGAGGCGCUCCACAUCCUCAUCCGCCGCCCCAAGUGUCCGGAGCGCCUGGUCCCAGCGGCAGCGAUCCGCACAUGCAGUACUACACGUCGAACCAGAGUUUGGCGGCGAAGAAGGUGCCCGAUCCGCAUCCGCAUCCCAGUUGGAGCUACAAGAGCCAAGCUAUUUCCGCUCCAGCGCCGGCGCCCGGACUGCGGCAGCACGGGAAUCCCGGUCUCUAUGCCAGCACUGUAGGCAGCACUGGCUACUGGCCGCCACCCGAGGAGCAGCUGCACCACCAGCCGCCUUCGAGGUAUUCGUACGGGAAGCCCGGAGCGCCAGUCACGGCCUCGUCGAGAUCGAUCCAGGGACCCCUGCCAAGCAGCCAGCGGUACUACAGCGAGGAGAUCAAGUACUCCACGGUGCCCGCCCCCUCUAAGGUGCUCAGCUACGCACCGCCAGCCAGCUCCUCGCAGCCACAGCAACAGCCGCUGCCGCCCACCGCCAGCUCGUCCGCCAACUCGUCAUCCGUCCGCCACUACGAACUCGAGCACGUGGUCAAUCCCAGCAAUCCCAGCAACGAGCACCAGCAGCCGAGUCCCAACUACGGCCGGAAGUGUCCGCCGCACUACGAAACUCCGCCCGAGCAGCGGAGUGCCGGGGCCACGCCCUCUGCCCCGGGAACGCCCUCGUCCUCCUCCUCGUCGUCGCACCACCAGAGCCUCUACAUGCCGAUGCCCACGUUCAGCACGGAGAAGUUCAAGAACACGGUGCACAAUGCGAUCGAGAAGUACGUAAGGGAGACCCCGGGUCCCAGCUUGGAGUAUCCGCGGGGAGGAGCCGGUGCAGCAGGAGUGCCAGCCGGAAGUGGAGCCGCCUACGGACGCACUGGCUACUACAGCCAACAGCCGCCGCUGAAGAGCUCCAAGGCAGCAGCACCACCACCUGUCCCACCACCGACGGCCGCCACCUCGAGCUAUGUGAAAAUGGAACCGGAGCACGCUCUGACCGGCAGCUUGCCCCAGCCCACGAGGUCCUCGCUGUACCACAACCCCUACAACGUGGAGAGCAGGGAGCGGGACUCCUCGCCAGCCAUGGCCACAGUUCCGGCGCCACACGGAUACCCGACCAAGUACGGGAAGCUGAUACAGCAGCAGCAUGCUGCGGGCAGCUCCACGCCCUACUCAAGUUACUACCACCAGGGUACUCCGUCGCCGGCGGCGGGAGCGGUGGCCUCGCCCACGCCAGCGCCUGCACCGCCACCCGGCGGAGUGCCAGGAACGAUUCUGGGCUCCGGAAACCCCGCGCACAGCAGCCAACCAGCUCCGCCGCCCCUCAACAGCCAGCAACCCGCCUCGUCGUCAUCCUCUGGCAGCGCCAACUACUCGACUCUGCAGGUCUAUCCGCACGGACCGGACAUCUGCUACCAGCCGGGAAGCCAAAGCCACGGGGCUAGCCAAAGCCAGAGUCAUCCCAAUCCUGCCAAGAAAGCACCAGCUGUCACCAAACCGAACUACCGUGCGCUAAUCAACGACAUGCUGAAGAGGAACACCGCCAGCGAACAGGAGUUGAAUCUGCAGAUCAUCAAGAAGACGCUCAACAUGGAGCCGCCGGCGAGGAACCAUUCUGCUCCAAGUAGAGUCAUCCAGCAGCCAGCUGUUCAACCCGCUCCCCUGGCAGUUUCCUCUGCUCCCCAUCCGCAGCCACCGCCAGCGAUCCAUUCACCACUGGAUCUGUCCAUGCGAACGGUGAAGCAGACAGCGGACUCCACGGAGUACAAGUACCAGAGACCCAGCACGACGGACUACAAGCUGCCACCGGCGUCCUUGGGCGGCGGACUGGGCCUGCCCAGGUUCGACAUCACGCCCAACUUCUCGGCGGCCACCAGGAGUGGAGCGCCCACGAGUCCGGCGCCAACGGCUGUGAUACGACAGGCGCCGGCCACUCCGGCAGUCGCACCUGCACAACCUGCAUCUGCACCUGCACCUCUUCCGCCCACGGUUCCAACGGUUCCAGUUCCUCCGGCAGCGGCCGCUCCCGCGCUGGUCAUCAAAACCCUGCAACAAAUGCGUCCCAGUGUGUUGGAGACCAAUCCGUUCGCCAAGCGACAGCAGCAGCUGCCGCCGGAGACGAGCAUUGUCCAGGUGGCCAAGCCGACGGCGGAACUGAUGCCCACGCCGUCGCCGAGUCCGCACAACAGCAGCAAUCCCAACUACCUGGGCAGGAAGCGGCACCUGCAGGAGUACAAUCAAGCCGCUGCCAAGCAGGCCAAGCUGGAAGCGGAAUCCUCGGGAUCUCUGGCCACAGGAGCACCUUUGGUGGCUGCUCCCACCUCAGUGGUUGUGGUUGCCCCGGUGCCUGUGAUCGCCGUAAACGAACAGGCGCUGGCCGCCAAGCGGGAAAGGGAAAUGCAACCAGCGGGAAUGCCAGAAUCCACCUCCACCUCCGCCAAUGCGAUGCCCAAGGCGGAACCCCGGAUUCGCACGAAAGCGGAGCUCAAGGGAUUCACCUUUACGCCACCCGUGCUGGUGACCUCCACCACGAAUGCCUCUAGUACGAUUUCGCCUCCGAGGACUCCUCCUAACCAGGUCACCAACCACAUACAAAUCAAGCUGGAACCAGCGCCUCCGAAGGCGGCCGACUUGGGUCUGGAGGAUGAACUGAGCUUGGGUAACCUGAUGGACUGGGGAAGUACCUGCAACAAUCUCGUCGAGCAACUGCUUAGCAAGGCUGUGGUGCCACCGACGAUACCUCCACCGGCCACCGGGAUCAAGUUGGAGCUCAGCGAAGACGACCUGCCCGUGGCUCGCAUUCUCAAGAGGCAACCUGUGGCGGCAGUGCCUCCAGCCGGAGGAGAUGCCGAAUCGGCCACCACCCAACUGACCACGACCACCAACGGAAUCUCCUCGUCCUUGGGCAACGGCAGUGGCCAAAAGAAACUCAGCAAAGUGGAGAGGGAGAAGAAGCGACAGCAGCAGGAGCAGAGAAUCGCUGCUCGACUGGCGCCGAAGGAGGGACAGAGCAGCUCGUCGGAGAGUGACACCACGGAGCUGCACAAGCGCAACUCCGCCCGGCAGAAGAAGCCCCUUCUGCGGAAGGGAAGGACACGACAAAGAUCUCCGGAAGCAGCCAGCAUCCAGCAGAGCAGCGAUGACGAGCAGGAGAAAACGAACCAGCGGCUCAGUCGCAGUCAAACGUCGAGUGAGGAGAGCAAGACGAAAGCCUCCUCCGCAAAAAAGGAGGUUAAAAAGGAGGUGAAAACCCAGAAUAACAAGAAUAGCAAUACCACCUCCCUGACCAAAACGAACAAGAAGCAAUUCGAUGCUUCCGGUCAGAACAAAAGCAAAGCGGAGGAGAACCCAAAGCAGGAAUGUCAGGAGAGCAGUUCCUCGGAGAGCCACGAAGAAGACGAGGACGAGGAGGAGGAGGACCAAGAGGAGGAGGAGGAGGAAGAACCCGAAGAGGACGACGAAGGGGAGCAGCAAAAGAAGAAGGAGAAGCGAGUGGGCCGACGUCCGGGGAACACACUCAAGAAACGCAUUGCCCACAAGCUGAACACCAUGACCCGCUCCAAGCAUCGCAAGGAACUGGAACUCCAGUUGGCCAACAGCAAGGUCCUCCGCAACGACAAGAUCAUCCGCAACUCCACCACCAAGAUCAAGCGGAAGUACGUCCGCAAGGUGGUGGACAGCAAGAAGGAGAUGAUGGUGACGCGCUUGAGAAACAAACGAGGCCUGAACUCGGACUUGGGACCCCUGAACGGAAGGAACUCAAAGCUGAAGGGUGGCAAGGUGGGCAGUAGUCCCGGGAAACCCGUGAAGACCUCGCCGCAGCAACAGUUGUACCUGGAGGAGUAUCGCUACAAGCUGGCCCUGAAAAUCCCCCACCGCCUGAUCUCAAUCAACAAACUGAACAAAGUGGCCGCCUCCCUGCCGGACUUGGAGCGCCGCGAUCUCGGCCAGGAGUUGGCCUGCUUCAAGCGGAGCAGGCCCAAGACGAAAGCAGCCAGUAAGCAGGACUCCACACCGAAGUCCAUCAUCGACGUGCUCCAUCUGCGGGUGACCAAUGGCAGUGCCACGGGAACGCAAAGAAAGAUCUCCGUCUCGGCUCCCGCUUCGACCAACCUGCAGAUCCACAGCGAAACCUCGCAGACCUCCGCCUCGACUUCCCUGUACGAGCAGCCGCAGCAGGAAGCCUCGGAAAACCCAUCCCUCAAUGAUCUCAGCAAGCGGCACUUCAGCAUCUUCAACACCGAAGUGCUGCAGAGCAAGACCCGCACGGAGUCCAAGUUGCAGAAGCACAGGGAGAUCAUCCGCGAGAUCUUCGUUGGUCCCGAGCGACCGGCCUCCGCUCCGCCGGAAUGCGCCCAAGAGGCGGACGCCGGCGAUGCGAUCAGCUACCAGAAGUACGAGGAGUACCUGCAGCAGAUGAACAGCAUUGCCAGUGCCAACGACAACAAGUUGGCGAGGAGAUCCCUGAUGGAGGACAAGUCCGCCUCGGCGCCCCAGUGUCCGCACAAGAGGAAGUACCUGCGCAGGAAGGGCAGCUCGGGCUUCGAUUACAUCCGCAAGAAGAAGCGACCGGCGCCCACCCAAAACCAGAGUCACAGCCACAACAGCAGUGGUCAAAGCCAACCCACCAGUCAGUUGACACAACACCUUCUGGAACCCAAUCAGAGUGCGGCGGAUGAGCGACUGGACGACACGGACAGCACUAUUGCGGGUAGCUCCCACCUGCCGCCAAAGGUCAAGACGGAGAUGGAUGUGUGCCGCGAGAUCCAGAAGUGGGUGCUCAACAAGGGCGUGGGCCAGAGCACCAUGCACAAGGCUGCUCGCCAGGGGUUGAUCGAUGUGGUGGUCUACUGCCUGGAUCGCCUGAACAUGAACCCGGACCAGAAGGACAACGCCGGCUACACGCCGCUCCACGAGGCGUGCACCCAGGGCUGGCUGGAGAUCGCCAGGAUCCUGCUCCAGUUCGGAGCCAAUCAUUCGGAGGCCGCUCAGGCGGGAAUCCGCCCACUGCACGGAGCCAUUGAGAACGACCACGAGGAGGUGGUGCGUCUGUUGCUCUCCUACGGCGCCGACCCGUUGCUGGCAACGUACUCAGGUCAAACCCCGCUAAUGUUAGCUUCAAGCAAGUUGAUGCGUAGCAUUCUGCGCGUCCAUCUCAGCGAUGCACAAAGUGCCGCCGCUGACAUCAAGCCAAUGCGCUUCAACGGGCCUUGGGAAAUUUUUGAUGCUAAGGAGUAUGGUUAUGAUAUAUUCGAUAAUGUACCGAAUACAGCUUGUGAUAUGAGCAGAGCUCUACGUAGAGAAAGGAAGGAGGCCAAGCAGCAGAGGAUGAGCAACAGUAACAGCACCAACGGCCACGGCUUGUUGUCGACAAAGAAAGAGGAGCAGGAACCGGAGGACUUGGACCAGGAGCGAGUGAAAUCGAUCAAGCAGAACGGGGAGACGAGUGCAACAAAGACUGGACCGGUGACUACGACAACAGCGGCAACAACGAUGGUCAAAUUGGAACCAGGAGCCGAUGAGGAUAGCAAUAACAAUAAGAACAACGAGGAGCUAAAUGCAAAUGUUGAAAAUAAUUUAGUAACGAGCGUUGUGAAUGUCAAGAAUGAAGUGAAGAAGGAAGUGGAUGCAGAAACGGAAGCGGAGAUGGAGGCGAACAGUAGGAACAGUAGAAGUAGGCUAGACGACGAUCAGACGGACAUCGAGACAAUGGAUACUGAAUUGAAUGGUGAUAUUUUUGAAUUUGAAGAGGCCGAUGUGCCCUUGCCACCACUGUACUUGCUCAAAGACGAGGGCAGUGAUAAAUGGGUACUACUCAACGAUUUGUGCAAUUUACUUAAAGUUAAAUCGAAGGAUACGUUGCUCAACAAGCUCUGCCCAAACAACAGCAACGCAUUGGCCAGCAGCCAGAAGCACUUGCUCAGGGAGUUCAAGAUCGACGAUUUCCUGGAGAAGGCCACCUGCCUGCAGCUUUUGUGCGCCGGCGAAAAGCUGAACAUGUUCAGCUCAUCGAAGGUUGUGCUCAUCAAAUACAACGACAGUGUGCGCAACUUGUUGGGCGUUAAGACCAUUUUAAUGAAAUUUUAACCGAGAUAUACAUAGCGAUAGGAUGAGGCAUGAUCCAGAAAGAUAUAACGUAGAUAAUGAUGAACAGAUGAACCUAGUACUAACUGAAAUUAGAGUGUAAAGUGCAAACAAAUAUUGAAAAACUAUUAGUACGAAUAUAAUUAUAGAUUUAUAUACUAUACAUAUAUGUAUAUUUUAGCUAGUAGCUAGUUUUUACUCACACGUCUUUGUCUUUGGAAGAUAAAGUCUUUUUUAAAGGAAAUUAAAUUAGAGCUAAUGCAAAGUGAUACAAAGGUGCUAUACACACUCAAAACGAAGAAAAACGAAACGAAACGGAAAUGAAUGGAAAUUUUAGAGCGAGAAUAUUGAGAAAAUCUGGAAUCUUUAGAGAUUGGCUGCAAUUAUGCAAUUUAUAUGUAGAACAAACGGAAGUGAGAAGGUGAGAUAAUUGGAAACGAACAGAAAAUGUAUGCCAGCCAAGCAGCUAAUAAAUCGAUAUCUACUUACAGAUAUAUCUAGGGAUAACGUGUAAUCUAUGGUUUUUAAAAAAGCAAAACAAAUUAGCUAAAGUAUAAACUAAAUAAUAAUUAUUGUAAAAUUAUUAAAGCAGCAACAAAGGCGUAUUUAUGUAUUAUGUAUUUUUAAAUGAAAUUAUUAACAUAAUAUAUAAAAUAUAUGUAUACACAAUAUGAUCCAACUAUAAUGUAAAUCAAUUUUCAGAUAGGUUUGUAAUUUUCUAUGUAUGUAUGAGUGUAAGUUUUGUGCAACUAUAAAAGGAAACCACAAAAAAAAACAAAAGAAAUUUAACAAAAAACUAAUAACAAGAAGCAAAAUAAAUGCAAAGUGAAAUUUUGG